GAAGCGUAACCACCCACAACAAAGAUGGAGGACGAUAUCUCAGAUUUGAGCAGACCACAAAUGUACUUGUUUGGUUGUACCCUCAAAUCGGACAAACGGGAGUUCAAAGUUGACGUAGACGACGAUGAUACGGAGCAACAGCUGUCACUCAAAGCAGUGUGUCUGGGAGCCGAGGCUGAGGAUAAGUUCCAUAUGGUGGAAGUCGAAGGCCUAACUUAUGAUGGAAAAACGACCAAAGUGCCACUGGUUGUCCUGAAACCGUCCGUCCUGCCCUCUAUGAGUUUAGGUGGAUUUGAGAUCACACCUCCAGUUACCUUCCGUCUCCAGUCCGGCUCUGGGCCAGUUCACAUCAGCGGGCAGCAUUUUGUUAGUGUGAAGGAUUCAGAGGAUGAAGAAGAGGAGAACAACACGUCACCGGUGAAGCGGCCUGCAAGCCUGAUGUCUGGGAAGAAGCCUCCUUUGAAAAAACUAAAGAUGGAUUCUGACGAUGAUGAAGAUGACAGCGAAGAGGAUGAUGAUGAUGAUGAUGAAGAUGACAGCGAUGAAAAUGAUGUGAAGCCUCAGAAGAAUGCCGGAAAAGAGCUAAAAAAGAGUCCAGAGUUUUCCGCAAAGAAGCCCAACAAGUCUCCGGUGAAACAAAACUGUCCUGCAGGAAAACCAUCAGGAUCAGCAGCCAAACCACAGAUUAAGACACCUGCCCCAGGAAAAGACAAACCCCAGGCUGGCCCGUCUAAAUCUCUCCAUCUGACUGAGAUUAAGAGCAAGUUGUCAACGGCAGCCAAGGAGGGAAAACCACUACCGAAGACCGAGCAGAAGUUUGAGAAUUAUGUGAAGAGUUCUUUUAAAAUCUCAGACAAAAAAGUGGUCAAGGACCUUUGGAGUUUUGUACAAACACUGAAGAUUGAGAAGAAGUAACAAACCUUGUACUUUGAAGCGUUUCUAUGUUUUGCAUCCCGCAAGACAUUUAAAGGCACAGUCAGCGAGAUUUCCUACUUGGCCUUAUGAUGUCAUCAUUGCUAACUAUGACUUGGAGAGAACAGAAGGACUGAGUGCUGAAAAAUGGGUAAAGCCAUUAAUGAUAUAGGUGUCAUGGGGUUUCAUUUUGGAUGCGAAGCACUUCCAGGAGCUCGUUUGUAAAUCACAAACUCUUUCAUUCACGUUUAGCACACAAGCUGUCCACUUCAUUGCAUGCCAGUCUGCACUGCCUAUAGGUAGGGAAAGUAAUAGAACCACUGAUAAGAAACUGCAGAUGUCUAUUGCUUUCCUACAGGAACAAAAUAGCUGCUCCUAUUUUAACACUUGCGCCACCUGCAGGGAAUAAAUGUUGCACCUGCAGAUUUUUAUAGCUGCAAUAAAUAACAGAUAUAUAAACUGGAGAAAACAUAAUCCAAGUAUUCCGAGCCAAAGACAAACUAGUCAACUUAGUCAUAUUUUUAUAUGACUCUUGCUCUUCCCAUUUUUUCACAAACAAAGCAGUCAUUUGUGAGGUUUGCAAUAACUUUUUUUAUAUUACUACAAAAAGUCACUCAACAAUUGCCAGUGGUAUAACUGUGAAGUAACAGAAGCUGUUCCUUUUCAUUCCUAUAGAAGGUGAGAUCGGCAUGCCCACAUCUUACUUUCCUCACGUUUUGUCAGUGCAUGUUGCAAACUGCUGGUGCUACAGCUUUAAAAUUUGAUCUUGGAUGAGCUUGGUUUUAGGUGCUUCGCAUCCCUAACACUGUGUGUCCUUGUUGAGUCAACAAUGCAAUAGGAGAUAUUGCAGAAUGUGCCUUUAAAUAUCUCUUAUGUAAACUGAGAUAAAUCAGAGUACCAUUUUGUGUGAAAGCAGUAUCUAAGGAUGGACAAGACAACUGAUACAGGGGGACAAUGACAAUAUAUAUCUAUUUCUUAUUUUACAUUCUGUUUGGCUUUAUAAGGCAUUUUCAGCUUGCAAAAUAUGUUUACAGAUUGUACUAUGAAUUUGUCUGGCGUAAUUGAUCUUUACAUAUUGUACAGGUGUCAACAUUGCUUUAUUUUAAUUCUGUCAUUCAGUUUGGUCAUAGCAACUCCUGCAGCAGAGCAUGCAGUAACAGAAUUUUUGUAAAACUUGGCCAGCAUCACCCAGGGAUAAUGUUUUGUUUCAUGCAAUGAAAAAAAUAAUAACCGUUUAUAAAACAUUUCACUUAAAAAUAAAAAGAUUCAAUCUAGAUAUAGUCUGGAAACUAAGAUCCAUAUAGUUACAUGGUACGUGCAGCUGUAACCUAGUUGCAUGGAUGUACUCGAGAACUGGAUACUGAUACCAAAUAUUGCGCCUGUUCAGUUCAAGGGGAGAUGUUUGCCUGAUGCAUAAGCCGAAAAAGUUUUCUAGCUUCCAGGUUUACUUUUUCAGUGUUAUGCGUUUCUCCCUGUUGCCCAUACAGAUUUUUUUUAAAUCUCUUUUCUUGGCUCAAGGAAACUUAACCAAAUGUAGAACAUCCAUGGUUAAAAUAAAUAAAUCAUAAUAGAAUCAUAAUUGACUUUGUUUGCAGUUUGAGGUGUCCUGGCAAAAGUUUAACAGCGGACUCUGUUGCUGUUAUGAAAAUUGCGGAAAAAUGCCUUUUGGGCCACAGUUGUUUUUUUUUCUGUAAUACCUCAAGUGGCCACAAGGAAUAUUGGCUUCAAGUCUGAGUGGCAGCACUGUAUCCAGUUCUUCUUCUACAUCCAUGUUUUGCAAGUGUUACCAAUUUCCUCGACUCAAUCUGUUGAGUGAACAAAAAACGUUUCAUCCUGUGUUUUUACCAGGACACAUUUUUUUAAUACCUACAAUAUAAUUAGGUUAUAUUAAAACCUGUCAAUAUUACAAACCUGCAGACUGGGCCUAUUUCAGAUGGCAUUUCUUUGGAGUGUGAAUUCAUAUCAAGCUCAUUACUAACUGUGAUAAAUUGAGAGGGUCUUAUUUCAGAAUGAUCUUUCGCAAAAAAUGAUCAUGACAGCAGUACACUAAAUCCUUCUCAUUGAGUAUUAUGAGCUCUAUAAAACCUACACAGCUGCCCUGACUAAAAUGCUUUUCUUUUAAAGUAUUAUACAAUACAUACAAAAAGUUAAAAACAAGGCAAAUAGAUUGUUAACUAGCUCCAGGAGUUUAUUUACGACGUGGUAUUAACACUGUUUUCAGUGUAUUUUAAUGUACACUUGUGCACUCAAAACCGGUUACAAGCCUAUGAACACAUAUUGUCUUAUUUAUUCCAGCAUAAUCAUAAGGUAUAUAUCAGAAAAUUACAUCACGUCACCUUUACAGAAACACCAUAAAGAACUUGACCCUGUAAUUAUUUGCACUCGUGCAUAUCAGUGCUCCGUUGACAAUAAGCAUACAAUCACUCUGUGCUUAUGUGUUUAUGAUCCUGUGUAAUGCCUUUUAUGAGCCAAAUGUUGGCAAUUGGAUACCAUCUUUAUCCAAUCAAAUUACUUGGUUCAGCCCUCUUGUUGUCUGUAAAGGAUAUGAGAUUCCUUAGCUGUAAACUUCCUCAAGUAAUUUAAGUCAUUAAACUUGCCCUAAUAAUUUACCUAAAUGUUUGAUUUUUAAUAUCUUUUGUGGUGCGAUUUUUGUAGAAGCAGAUUUCCAUCCUGUAUGUUCAUGAAAGAGUCCUUCAUUAAUGAUUUGUGAUACUUCCCUUGUAUCAAAUAUAAUUAUUUUUUUCUGUAAAUACAUCUCUUGCUUUUUUUUGUAGUAUGGCAGCUGAAUAAUUAUAUUUUUUAAGUGUAUGCUUAAUCCGCCCUUGCUAAUAGCUGGUUUUGCAGCUUGGAUCUGUUGUCCUUUGAAAGGUGUGUUCUAGUUUGGUAAAGAAGUUUUUUUUGUUGAGUGUAAGACCCUUUUUAAAAUGCUUGAAAUACUGAUCUGUGUCUGUUAAAGGAAUACUAUGCCGGAAUUGGCAUUUUCUGUUUGUAAACAAAACAUGAACGCAGCACCUCCUCCCUGGCUCUAUAAAACUGAAAGUAAACCCCAGAUUAACUCUUGUUUUGGGACGAGAUUUCUACAAUAUUUUUGUGGCUUCGUGUCCCAACAUUGAUGCCCAUAAAUGUCCUAAACACAACAAAAUUAAAAGAAAAAAUACAGACAGAGUCAAAAGUGGUGGUUUAGAGGGGUUAAUUUUGUAGGGGACUUAACAUUGUUUUGUUUUUUUAACAAAGAUCCUGCAUAGUAUACCUUUAACGUUUUCUUUUAGCCCUACUGUUUGCAGUCUUUAAAUUGUCCUUCUGUUUCUGUAAUUUUGAAGCCAGUACCUAAAUAUGUCUAAGUGGGGGAAAAAAGAGAUGUUGAUAACCUGAUGUGUGUUUUGGGCUCAUUGUUUUUGAGACAUUUUAGUCAAAACAAAAAUGUGGUUAAAAUUUGGAUUUCAAAUAUACCAUACCUAUUUUAAUUUUACAAUGUUACCAGCAUGAUACAGCAUUAAGUUUAGAUGAGAAUUAUAAUGUCAUGAUUGAUUUUAAUGGAAUAUGAAUAGUAGUAAGUAUUUACCAUUGUAUCAGACUAAAGUAGUUCUGAGAUUUAUCUAUAGUUUAUAAAGUUUAAAUCCAAAGAUCCACUCUGUAUUUUCUUUGUCCAUAAUGUUGCCUUGUGCAUGUGAUGAGAGGCAUCUUCAAUUCGAAUACAAAUAAACAAAGGUUGUACAUAUAGAUAAUUCAUUUGUCGAUGCAAAUUAAACACUGUACUAUUUGUGUGUGUGUAGGUUAUGGCAGAUUCAACUUGUGUUGAAAGAAAGUGCAUUCUGACCCUUUAGUCAAACUUAAUGAUUAGUUUAUGAAUGACUGCUGAUGGUGGAUAUUCAUUAAUUCAUGGUUUGUUGAGAUGGACAUAUCCAUCCUUUUUUGUAUCUCCCUGUAACAUUUACCUGAAUAAAGUGAAUCCAAGCUGGA